AUGGGGGAGGGUGAUGGAAUUAUUGUCGAUGAAAUUAUUCUCUUUAGUAACGAACUUCAACAAUCCGUGCCCAGAACCACGCAUGCGCAGCGCUACCACCGGAAGCCGGAAGUUGUGGUGUUGCGGCGCACAAUCUGGAGUUGGACGGCGGGAAAUACUGAAUCAAGUGCAGCCUGUACCCCGUGUUAUAUGUAUGGCACUGUUAAAGAUAAAUGGGAACGUUUUCGUAGUAUGAUAUCCAAAACCAUAGACAAAAGAUCUAUCACGUCGAUUUUGAGACGUCAAUUCCAUGCGUCAAAUAGGCUCCACUCAGAUGACGGCAAACAAUCUGUACAAAUUGGCAAUCCGUUUUGUCUGAAGCCCGUUGAAUGCGAGAAUCAUACGCUCAGGAAACACGACAAUUUGAGACGUCAACGACUUUACGAGUUCGGCCUGUACGUUGCCGCUUGUUUACCGAAAUACGUCCAGAAGGUGCAGAUGCAAUUCAACGAUCAACUUGAAAUACUCAUUGUGCCCGACGGCCUGUUCCAAGUUCUGAGUUUCUUGCGCAAUCACCAACACGCAUGUUGCAACCAGUGUUCCUGCGUAACAGCUAUAGACGUUCCGACGAGGCAGUUUCGAUUUGAAGUCGUAUAUUGCCUGCUCAGUAUAAGGUUCGGCGAACGAAUUCGAGUUAAAACCUACACAGAUGAAUUAACGCCGCUUCAUUCCGCGUGCGAGUUGUGGGAAAGCUGCAACUGGUUCGAACGCGAGGUAUACGAUAUGUUUGGUAUUGUAUUUACUCAUCACCCGGAUCUGAGAAGGAUUUUAACUGAUUACGGAUUCGUCGGUCACCCCCUUCGAAAAGAUUUUCCAUUAAUCGGCUACACUGAGGUUCGUUACGAUGACGAGCUGAAGAAACUUGUUUAUGAGCCCGUCGAGUAUGCUCAAGAAAUGCGCCGCUAUCAACUGGAGUCUCCUUGGAAUUACAUGAAUAACUUCCACGAGGGAUACAACAAUCCAAAGCCAAUAGAUAAAAAAAAGAAAAAUUAA